CCAUCAAAUCAUUUUCCAAAGGAAUUUAUAUUCCAAGUGUUCAUCUAAAUUUCUUGCAGCCUCCGAUCAAGAAAUUCAAAAAUGCAAGAAAGCCCAUCUCGACCCACACGGCGUCGUAGAUUCGCCGUGGACGACGGCGCCGAUCUAAUCGACUGCUCCGGCAAGCACUGCCGGUCGUGCACUGCCGGAUUGGUGGCGGAUUGUGUCGCCGUCUGCUGCUGCCCGUGCUCGGUGGUCAGCUUCUUGGCUCUGGCUCUGAUCAAACUGCCGUGGAUGGUCGGGCGGCGGUGUCUGCAGCGGGCCAGAAAGAAGAGGAAGAAGAGGAAAUUGAUUCGCCGGAGAGGGGAAUGCGACGGCGCUACGGCGGCGGAGACUGGUGGGUGUGCGGCAAGUGAGGAGGGGUUGCCGGAAAUUUCGCCGGGAUCGGGCGAGGAAGAAGAGACGGUGGGGAAUUUCAGUGCAAGAUUUGAAGCAGAGAGAAUUUGGCUGCAAUUGUAUCAGGUGGGUCAGUUGGGAUUUGGAAGAGUUUCUUUCACUGGGAAUUCAAAUCUUUGGCCUAAUUCCAAUUAGUUCUAAUUUAAUUACUCUAAUUUGUAAAGUUAAUUAGAUAAUAAGGUAAAUUAUUAAUUUAGCAUUGUU